CGGAUGACUGUGUGGAAAAUUUGAUUAUCAUAUCUCCAACGCGAAUUUUUUUGCAAUAUCAAAUCAACAUAGCAACAUGGCAGAUCAACUGACAGAGGAACAAAUCGCUGAGUUCAAAGAGGCGUUCUCGCUGUUUGAUAAGGAUGGAGAUGGCACCAUCACCACCAAAGAGCUGGGACAGAACCCCACAGAGGCAGAGCUGCAGGACAUGAUCAAUGAGGUGGAUGCUGAUGGAAAUGGAACCAUUGACUUCCCCGAGUUCCUGACCAUGAUGGCGAGGAAGAUGAAGGACACGACAGUGAGGAGGAGAUCAGAGAAGCCUUCAGAGUCUUUGACAAGGAUGGUAACGGCUAUAUCAGUGCUGCAGAGCUGCGUCAUGUUAUGACAAACCUUGGUGAGAAACUGACAGAUGAGGAGGUGGACAAAAAUCCG